UAGCAAACGAACCAAUAUUUUAGGUUAAUACUAAUCAGCAUGUUGAUUGUAAAGAAACGUUUUAUUAAUAAAUCGCGUUUUUUGUGUCGAUUUUCAUGGUUUAAAUAAAUUAUUUAUUUUAUACACACGAUUGAUAGUUAAAUUUUGCGCAUUAAAAUGGAUAAUAUUACGUGCAAUUUAUGUGGAGGAGUAGAGUUUUAUAAGGAAGCAGGAUUUUAUUACUGUAACGAAUGUCAAACUCAAACGCAAGAUAUAAGAGAACAAGCCCAAGAAGAACAAUAUGCUUCACAGAAAAGUGGUAGAAAAAUAAAACAUAAGGCCAAACCAAGAGACGAACAGCAUGUUACCAGUUGGGAAUGUUACAAUUACAUUUUGAAUGGACUUGUUAAGGAACUCAUUGAGAUAGGUGUUAGCCCAGAAUUAAAAACGGCUGUGCGAAUUCUUUGGUUUAAAUUCCUAAAAGAAAUCGAAUUUCUUACUGAGGAAGCAGCUGAUCCUCCUAAACUAGCUGCUGUUUAUUCACAGACUGAUGCUGAGGUUGUGUAUGGCAGAAAACCAAACAGGAGAAGAUCCAGGAGCAGAUCACCAGCAUCAUCAUCAGAUAUUACUUCCACUGAUACAUCUAGUCGACAAAGAGAACAUAAAAAACAAAGAAGGGCCUUAGUUAAAGCAGAAUAUGAUGAGCUUGCUAGCACACAAUUUUCUGAAGAAAUGACUUCACUUCAUAAUCAAAGUUUAUCAUCACUAAGAGGUAGUAAAGAACAAGCUAGCAAGAAGCUUAUUAUUCAGUUCAAUAAAGAAGCAACUAAAGAAUUGAAAUCGUUAUUAGGAGAAGAUCAUCUUGAAGCUCAUAUGAAAGACUUUUCUAGUCAGUUAGAAUGUCAUCCACCAGUUUAUCGUUUGGUGUCAAGUUCGUACCGUCAUGGAGCUGAAAUUUUAUCAAAAAAUAAACUUUUUGCCAUAAUUUAUUUAGGUUUAUUAAUUACAAAAGAUAAUAUGCAGUUGGGAGAUUUGCUUAGAUACAUAAGAGAAGGCCAUAUCAGUUACCAUAAGGUAGAUCAUUUUCUUCCUGAAGAUGUGAUAGGAAAAUUUACGAAACGUCAUUUGCUGAGGAUGAACAUUCAAAAUUCGCAGUUUCGGCUGCUUCACGGGGGCGUUCGAAAGAUGACGGCUCAUGUUGCAAAAAAAAUCAACGUCGUAAAAUAUAUUUCUGUACAAAAUAUCGAACACCUGAUCAAGCGGUACUGCAAUGAAUUGAAUUUACCAGACGAAAUUUGUAUGUGUGCAGUAACUCUUGUUUCGCUCUUAAAACCGAGGUUGAAAAUGUGGGAGCAUAGUACCUUAAUACCAAAUUACGAAGGCAGAGCAAUGGCUUUUAUUAUUUUUGUUUUAAAAUUACUGUUCGGUUUGGACGAUGAGUCUGAAUUUUAUCUUUCAGACGUGGCAAGGAAUAUCAACAAAUAUCAUGAAAAUAGUAAAAUGUUUGUGUAUAAAGAUUGGAUGGAUUAUAUCCAAUAUCGAAAACUGAUAGCUUCCUAUUUUCAUUUUCAGUCUCAUAUCUAUUAUAAUAAUGGCGAUAAUUUUAACAAGUCUGAACUUUUUAUAGAUUUCAUGCAGAAACAAAAAAAUAAGUUCGACGAUGAAGAAGCAAAACUAACAACAGAACAAGAAGUUUUGAAAAGUGUACUAGAGAAACUAGAAAGGAUUCAAGAUAGACCGAGAUCUAUCCCUUAUUUGUAUCCAUCUUUAACACCCUUUCUUUCAUACAUGGAGAAUUUAAUAAAGUCGACAGUCUUAGAUGAUACCAAAGUGGGUCAAUAUUUAUUAAAUAAAAAAUUUAAUUCGACGACUAUCGAAUAUUUGUAUUCACCAUACGUUUAUUUGCAAAAUAUAUAUAAAAGUGCAUCGAUUGGAGUGAAACAUAGAGGUGUAAAUAACAAUCUUCACUUAAGAAAAGUGUUGAACCAAGUAGCUCAAACUCAAAUGAGAAAUAAGCGGGAAACGAAACCCAUCUUUACAAAAAUAGUAAAAGAUGAGAAAGUAAUAGAUAAACACAUCGACCAAAAGAAAUCUUUUACUGAAAAAGACACUGACUUAAAAGAACAGGCAACAAAAUUGUUUUUGAAACUUUUUGAAGAAUAUAAUUUACAGAGGUUUCGAAAAAAUUUAAAGAAAAUGAAAAAAAAUGCUUCUAAACAAGGAAUCAAAAUUGUUAGCCAAACUGGAAAGCGUUCUGCACAUCAUUCGAAAAAAGACGAGGUGGAUUCACAAAGUAGUUUUCAAGAAAAACUUCACUACAACCCCUUUGAAAGAUACUGGAUGACAAUUGCAGACGUAACAGGAAUUAGAAAAUCAGAUUUUGAAUCAUUUUACAAAGGGUUGCCUUAUUCUUUUCGAUUGGUUUUUGAAGAGUGUGCGAGGAUUAUUGAACAUUCGCAAAAGGAAUUAUAUGAAGAAUUCAACAAUGUUGAAGUGUAUGUUUUGUUUUUAGAAAAUAGGGGAGUUGUAGGUAAAGAAAAGCCAUUUGUAUUUUCUAAUGAUGAUUUAACUUAUUUAAAAGAUAAGGUAUCAAGACAGUGGUGAUAUUAAAAAUUUUUAUUUUUUAAGUCAGGGUCUGGGUCUGCAACCAUGAGAAAGAUAAUAAAUAUAUCAAUUAACACUAUGUUAUAAAAUUUGAAAUUAUUUUUAUGAUAUUAAAUAAAAAUUGGAGGGGAUUUUUAUUAGACAUAAUUAAAAUAAUUUCCAAACUUUGUUUUGUGAAGUUAUACAUAAUUUAAAUCAAUAA